ACCCCUUGGCUCCUUGUUUACUUAGCAACCUUCUCUGUUGCCAUCCAUCACAACUACAAACAAAAGAAAUUUCCAACAAAAAUUUCCCAGAGCGUCUGGAAUUUCCUACGCAUUUCCGACAAAUAAAUGGACUCGUUGCCUAUCUUACUUUAUGUUAUACUCCCUCUCUUGACCCUCUUUCUUCUCUCCCGUUGUCGCCGAAAACCGUAUCCACCGGGUCCACGAGGAUGGCCAAUUAUCGGCAACAUGUUGAUGAUGGACCAACUCACACACCACGGACUUGCUAGUCUGGCUGAAAAAUACGGUGGUAUACUUCACCUUAAGAUGGGCUUCGGCCAUACUGUCGCUGUUUCGUCGGCAGAGAUGGCGCGACAAGUACUCCAAGUCCAGGACAACAUAUUUUCCAACCGUCCGGCCACCAUCGCCAUCUCGUAUCUCACAUACGACUGUCAAGACAUGGCGUUCGCCAACUAUGGCCCCUUUUGGCGCCAGAUGCGUAAGCUAUGUGUCAUGAAGUUGUUCAGCCGAAGGCGAGCAGAGUCAUGGGACUCCGUCCGCGACGAGGUUGAUUCCAUGAUCAAAAUAACCGCAGCCAGCUCUGGCUCCCCGGUUAACCUAGGCGAGCUCGUGUUCGGGUUAACACAUGAUAUAAUAUAUCGAGCAGCGUUCGGGUCAAUUUCACAUGAAGGGAAAGAAGAAUUUAUUAAAAUUCUACAAGAAUACACCAAGCUUUUUGGUGCGUUUAACUUGGCGGAUUUUAUCCCGUGGCUAGGGUUUAUCGACCCUGCGGGAUUAAACACCCGUCUGCCCAAAGCCCGGGCGGCGUUAGACGGGUUCAUCGAUAAAAUUAUCGAUGAACAUCUGAACAAGAAGAAGAAAACCGACGAGGUUGAUAAUGAUAUGGUGGAUGAGAUGUUGGCGUUUUAUGGUGAAGAGGGGAAAAUAAACGAAGGGGAGGAUUUGCAGAACGCUAUUAGACUCACCCGUAACAAUAUCAAAGCCAUUAUUAUGGACGUAAUGUUUGGCGGCACUGAGACUGUGGCCUCUGCUAUUGAAUGGGCUUUGACUGAGCUAAUGCAUACUCCCGAAUCACUCAAGUGUGUACAACAAGAGCUUGCUGAUGUUGUUGGUCUUGAUCGUCGCGUCGAAGAAUCGGACUUCGAGAAACUCACCUACUUUAAAUGUGUCAUCAAAGAAACACUUCGCCUUCACCCUCCAAUUCCACUCCUCUUGCAUCAAUCUGCUGAAGCUACAGAGGUUGGUGGUUAUCACAUCCCUAAAGGCACGCGUGUCAUGAUUAACGCAUAUGCCGUUAACCGUGACAAGGGUGCUUGGGAGAAUCCUAACACAUUCAACCCAUCACGUUUCUUGCAAAGUGGGGCUCCAGACUUUAAAGGAAGUAACUAUGAGUUUAUUCCUUUUGGGUCUGGGCGUAGAUCAUGUCCGGGCAUGCAACUUGGAUUGUAUGCAUUGGAGAUGGCGGUGGCUCACCUCCUCCACUCAUUCACAUGGGAAUUACCAGACGGGAUGAAACCAAGUGAAAUUGAUAUGACUGAUGUGUUUGGACUCACUGCACCGAAGGCAAUUCGGCUUGUUGCAGUGCCAACUCCACGUCUCUUGUGCCCAUUGUAUUAACACUUCUAAGCUCCAAAAGUUCAAAUGUAGUGAAUCCUGCACCAACAGUUUCACUUUUUUCUGUCAUCAUGAUUUUAUUUUCUAUAAAAGAACAAUAACCAUAAAAUUGUAUUUUUAUAUAUAUGCUUUUCUGUCAUCAUGAUUUUAUUUUCUGUAAAAGAACAAUAACCAUAAAAUUGUAUUUUUAUAUAUAUGCUUAAAUUCAAA